AUGGCACUGUUCACUCAACUGCAUGUGGACCAGUCCCAACCGUCGAGGCUAAAGGAGUCACUCGAUGAAGCAUUUACACUUGUUCAGGCGCUUCGUCAAAUCUUGGAGACGCAUCAGCCGCAAGUGGACCAUGCGGCUAUGGAGCAACCAGCACGCAAACCGGUAUCACCGAAGGACGCGUCGACGCAAACAGAAGAAGGUCCCGAUGGGAUGCUGCGCGAACCUCCCCCGGGCCCUUCUUCACCUUUGGCCACAAUAUGUGUCAACACUUGCGGGCAGCUGGCGGCCACUCCUGGCCUGGCGAACUCCUCAACCAGUCUCUGCUUUGGCAUCGUGGACGCGGCUGUACAGCAGGCGUGUCGCACUCUGCUGACCCCGCAAACGGCUUCCAGGGCUGGCGCAACACACCUUGGCGCGCUGCUCUCCUUGCAAAGCACGCCAGCACCCGCAAGCGCGGCCACGACCCCUCUCGCGGCGGGCGGCAAAAGCCGCCUGCGCCACCACAAAGCUGCGAUUGAAGAUGACGCAAGCGAGGCGGAUUUCUCUCCAGUGCCCUUCGCAGCAUACCAACGCGCGCAUGAUGUGCAGGGCGUGCAGUUGAGAGUCAUGGCGCCACCAGCAGCUCCAACGAAAGAUAGCACACUGGUGGAAGGGGAAAGCAGCAGCGACACCACCCAGCCCGCAGCAACUGCCGCGACCGACUCUGCUCCCGGGAAACACCCCCGUGGCAUGAACGAUGGACAGCAACAAGCUGGCCUGCCGCCACCGCCGCCGCCAGACGCCCCCGGUCAGCCCACGGGGCUUUCCUUCACGCCCAACACCACCGCCGUGCGCCUGCGCGCUGCCAUGCGAUGGAUGCAGCUGCAGCUGCAGACCUCUCCACGCCGUGUCCCACGGCAGCGCCGUUACAGCGACUCCAGCGUUAGUCCCGCGCUCAAGAUCCUCGCACCUCCAGAGCCGGAUGGAGGCCAGCACGCCGUUGUACAACCCGCCCUAGAACAGGGCGCGCCCGUAGUCGCAACCACCGAUACUGUCCCAGUGAUGGCGGCGGCUGCGGCCGCCCAGCCGACGCACCGGCCACAAUACGCCAGGCCUUCCGGCCAGCGACCUGAGGGGCGAUUUUCUCAACACAGCCCAGCCGACGCGGCGGCGGCAGAGCCGGCCGUCUCCGCGCCAGCUGUCUCUUCGUCCAACUCCGCAGGAACAGGAAGCCAAUGCGAGGAGUCCUGGCAGCCGGAGUGGUCGCAGCCUUUGGUCUGGUACGCAGCGGCUGCAGCCCCAGCUGUCGCAGCACCCGAGGGGGACAGCACCAGCACCGUUGUUGCCACCGUCGGGUGGCCUGCCACGGACCAAAUGCAGCCACCAAGGGCCACUGCGUCCACGGACCCGUGGGUCGCUGGGACUUCUGGUGCUUCUGUAUCUGCUCCACUGCGGGAUAUCUCCCGUAGCGUGGUGAGUAACCCUUGGCGGCAACAGCAGCAGGAGAGUGCAGGAAACACGCAGGACGGGAUGCGCGUGGGCCAGCACCCCAAGGAGCAAAAAGGGGGCGCAGCAGCGGCCAAGCCGGGUGCUAGUGCUCAGCAGCGCCGGGGGUCGGGCCUGCGCUUCGGCCUGCGCUGGUGA